CCCAGCCUGAUAAAGGUCCCGGCAGGGCCAGGACCUCCCACCCGAGCUGCCUGGCUGCAAGGAUCCAGAGUGCCCCUCCGGUCCGGCCAUGAGGCUCUUCCUGUCGCUCCCGGUCCUGGUGGUGGUUCUGUCGAUGGUCCUGGAAGGCCCAGUCCCAGCCCAGGGGGCCCCAGACGGCUCCAGCGCCUUGGAUAAGCUGAAGGACCUUGGACAAACCCUGGGGGAAAAAGCCCGAGAAGUCAUUGACCGCAUCAAGCAGAGUGAAAUUUCUACCAAGACCCGGAACUGGUUUUCAGAGACACUCCAGAAAGUGAAGGAGAAACUGAAAAUUGACUCCUGAACACCUGGAGGGCCACAGCCCAGGAGGAACUCGGAAAGUUUCCCACAUCCCAGCUCACAUACCCAAGGCUCCCUCCGCGAUGCCCGGGUCCCCCCUGCACCAAUAAAAAUGCUCUAGAACAUU